AGGAGCACCGCGGAGGGAGGGGUUGUGAGCGGCCCAAGAUGGCGGCGCCCUGUGGAGUGCAGCUGCUCUGUUAGCAGAGGUGCCUGGUCGCUGUUGGCAGGUGGUCCUGGGACGGACUGCAUUGUGACGACCGUGACCACGCGACGGAGCCUUCCUGCGCCCGCCUGCGUGACCCCAUGGCCCGAGAGCAGCCCCACAUGGGGGAUCUCCUCCCCCUUCUGGAGUCCUCAGAUCUUCAUCAGGUGGAGGAGGUCAAGGACCUCAUCAGAGACCACCUCAACCAAGACCGAGGGGCUGUGCUGGUAAACGGCUUGGUGGACUACUACUUGGAGACCGGAUCCACAGAGGCUAUGCACUUCCUGUCCUCCGUCAGGGAACCCCAUGACAAGCACCUCCUGGACAAGAUGAACGAGUGCAUGGCCAGCAGGGCGUGCCGGCUGCACACGCUGACGCUGCUGGGCCACGUUGUGCGCAAGGAGCCGUCAUGGAUCCACAAGAUCGCCCGCUUCCCGCUACUCCUCUCACUGCUUAAAUGCCUCAAGACUGAUACAGAUGUGGUGGUCCUCAUAACUGGAGUCCUUGUCUUGAUCAUUCUCCUGCCCAUGAUCCCUCAGCCUGGCAAGCAGCAGCUGUAUGAGUUCUUUGAUAUUUUUGGCCGUCUGGCUGCUUGGAACUUGAAAAAUUCAGGUCGUGUGACGGAGGUGUACCUGGUCCACCUGCACGCCAGCGUGUACUCACUGUUCCACAGGCUGUACGGCAUGUACCCCUGUAACUUCGUCUCCUACCUCCGCUCCCACUACAGCAUGAAGGAGAACAUGGACACAUUCGAGGAGGUGGUGAAGCCAAUGCUGGAACACGUGCGGAUACACCCCGAGUUAGUGACUGGAACCCAGGACCACGAGCUGGACCCUACCAGGUGGAAGAGGUACGAGAUCCACGACAUCGUCAUCGAAUGUGCCAAAGUGUCCCUGGACCCCAAGGAGGCGUCUUGCGAGGAGGGUUACUCCUCGGCCCCCGAGCACUUCUCUGCGCCCCAGCCUCUGCGCCACCUGGACUGCGGCUCCAGCCCCUACGCCGACUUCCACAGCAGCUGCGGGAGCUCGUCCUCUACCCUGUUCUCCACCCCCCGACAGGCCAUGACCUCACUCUCAGGGAUGCAGCCCCCCUACCGGAGCCCCCAGGGCUCACGGCACCAGAUUGGCGAGCUCAACAACUCUUGCGGCUUGAAGGACCCCUUCUGGACCCCCGCCUCUGUGUGCGGCAUGACCACGCCCCCUCCCUCACGCGGCAUCUCGCCCACUGGCAUCGCCGAGUCGACGCGCAGCUCCUCUAACUUCCCAGGCCGCAUCCACGGGACCCUGGGCAGCAGCAAAGGGAUGCCCUCGUUCUCCACACCCGUGACUGCCACUCCGCCCCCAACUCUCUCGGAUGUGUUCUCAAAUGCUUCCCGCUCAUCUGGGACCUCCAGCCCCCCACGCAAGGACAACAGAUCCCUGGAGUACCUGAAGCCUGGCUUGGUGAGACAGGAGCCAAUCAGCGAGCUGGAGAGGAGUCACAUGGAGGCUGUCGAGACAGGAGACGACAGCAGCGACAACAUACCCAUGACGCUGACAGAGCUGUCGUCCUUCGUCGAGGAGCAGCAGAGUGCCGAGCAGGAGGAGGAUGCCUUAAUGCAGGAGCUGUUGAAGAUAACGGAGGACCCGCCACAGCUGCCCUCACAGUGGGGGCUGGACUCUCCUUUUUGCCACACCACCGAGACACUGACUGGCAGCCAGGCACCUGGCCCGGUUGCCCUGGGGCUGAGCCUGAGCCACGAGUGCCACGCCGAGGCUACGUCUGGCACUGACAGGCCAGAGGGGGCGCCAGACCUGUUCACCCCCAUCGACUGCCCCGUGCCCAACCAGCAAAGCCCCCCAGCCCCCGAAGACGAGGCAGAGGCCCCAAAUAAGGCUGUGAUCUGUUUCCCCAGCCCCUGUGGGGCUGCAACCCCAUCAUAUGAGGCCUUGUUUGACCUGGCACUGCCCAAAGCCGCUCCGCACUUUGUGAGACGAAGGACGUCAGAGGCGCUGCGCAGGGCGGGGGCAGAGGAGGGCGAGGAGGCGGGCCCAGGGCCCUCCGUUGGGCCCCCCACGCCCCCAUCGCCUCUGGAGGUGCUGGAUCGCCUCGUUCAGCAGGGGAAGGAUGCCCACGACAAGGCGCUCAAGAGGCUGCCUCUGCUGAGCAAGUCAGCCGACUGGACACACUUCGGAGCAGGAUCCGCCCCCCUGGACGAGCUGCACACGCUGCGCAGCCAGCUGCUGCUGCUGCACAACCAGCUGCUGUACGAGCGCUACAAGCGGGAACAGCACGCCGUCCGCAACCGCCGUCUGCUGCGGCGGAUCAUCAAGGCCACGGCGCUCGAGGAACAGAACAGUGCCAUGAAGGACCAGCUGAACUUGCAGAACAUGGACAUCCUGUCUCUGAAGGAGAGCCUGCAGGUGGAGCAGCAGCGCUACCAUCAGCUAUGGGAGGACCGCGAGGCCGUGGUGACGCGGCUGCACAGCCAGAUCCGGCAGCUGCAGCAGGGUCGCGACGAGUACUACACCAAGAACCAGGAGCUGCAGAGCAAGCUCCUGGAGUGCCAGAAGAUGACGGGCAAGCUGGAGGCGGAGCUACAGAAAGCCAACAACGUGGUCUGUAACAUGGGCCACCAGCUGAGCCAGCUGUCCAUCAAGUUGACCACCAGUGAGAGCAUGCAGCAGCAGAUGGCCUUCCUGAACAAGCAGCUGCUCCUGCUGGGGGAGGUCAACAAGCUCUGCAUGGAGGAGCUGCAGCACUCGGGCACUGACACCAGCAAGGAGCAGCAGAUGAUGCUGGCCUCCUCGGACAAGGAGCUGGAGCGGCUGCGGCUGAGCCUGGUGACGCAGGCCCAGCACCUGGAGGCGGCCCAGCAGCGCAUCGGCGAGCUGGAGGCCCACCUGACCAAGAAGGAGCACCUGGUGGUGGAACAGAAGAAGUUUCUGGAGGACGUCAAGGCCCAGGCCAAGGGUGAGCUGCAGGCAUCCGAGAGCAGGUACCAGGCCCAGAGGCGAGUCACGCAGGCCCUGCAGACCGAGCUGCUGCAGCUCUACAGCCGGCUAGAGGUGGAGAGUCCCGCCACCGGGGGCGGCCCCGUGCCAGCAGGGGGCACUGUGCAGCCCCACAGCCUCUCUGUUCCUAGGAUGGAUGGGGAUCACACGUCCUUGCCGGGAUCAAAGGUGAAGACAGCCCCCCAGGAUAGAGUGGACGUGAACUCACCCGCUGCUACCCCUCACAGAGGCAACAUUAGCACUUUAUUGCCCCUGCCAACACCAGGCUCUGUGAAUGGUGGGGGGGGGUGCCCGCUCGCCUGGGUAGAGCCGCCCCCGCCCUGGGGGAGUCCUGGCGCCCCGUCCCCCAUGAGCUCGUGUCCCACCUCUGGAAGCUUCCUAGACAUGCGGGCGCAGGAGCUGCUUCGCUGCAAGAGCGAGGGCCCGUGGGACGGGGACCCGCGGCGCCUGGCCGGCCUCUCCCAGGGGCUGAAGACUGAGAUGUGCGUGGACCCCCUGAGGCCCGCCUGGGGGCCACACACCAGGGAGGCCCGGCCGGACGUGCUGAGGGCCAACAGCCGCGAUGGGCCAAUUUCUGGGCCUGGCUCUGCCCGGCAGAGGAAGCAGGAACUUCGCAUCAUGGACUAUGACGAGACACAUCACGAGCACAGCUAGAGGGGCCCCAAGAGCCCCCAAGGGCCCCAGGCAGGGGCCGACAAAGCGAGACUCUUUGAACUCAGUGUUGAUUCCCAUUCCUUGAGUGGACAGCAGGAUUUGAGCUUCAGUUUGCUUAUCCGCAUAACAUUUAUCAACCAAUCAGCCUCACCAUUUUCUGUAUUCCUCCCCGCUUUCUUCUUUCAUCCCCUGAGGUCUUUAACUCAUGCUUUUGACAGGGCUCUGAUGGUACGGCCCGCUUGGCCAUUCGUUCCUAAUGAUCCUAGCAGGCCACCGUACUCCGACUGGAGAGCCCAGACACACCAAGGAUUCAGUUCACCCUGCUUCUUUAGAGCUUAUGUCUGCGAAUUUACCAACGUGUCCUAUAUUUAAGUUAGAAUUUUUUAAGAAUGGGAUUCCAAUUAAAAAAUUACAAAAACAAGCCAGAACCAAGCAAAAAUUAAGGUAUUAGAAAAUGCCACAUGUGGGAGUUGGACAGUGUGUUAUAAACAAGGGCUCCUGGGUGUCAGAGCAGGUAUGCAGUGUCAAGGGGGGGGGCAUAGCAGUGCCAAGUUGGUAUGUGCGGGUUGUAGGAAACCCAGAACCUUCUAAAGGUGCUCUUUUUAUAUGGUUGGUCAUUUUUAAAAAGUGCCCCCCCCCCCCAGUACAGCCCCUGACCUUCUGCUGCUCGACAGCUGUGUGGUACACCACAACGCUGCGGGGUGGACAUCUGCUCUGGGCAGGGUCACUGGUGCAGUGUUCCUCUCACUGCGGCUGAUCAGGGUCGCCCUGGUUACCCAUGGUGCACUGUACCUAAACCUGUCGGUUGGGUGACAUCGUGCAAUAAAACGGAAGAAUAUGCAGGAUUCUGGCUGGCAGAGAGGAUUGGCAGUACGAUUGGCAAUUCCUUGUGUUUCUUUUUUCUUUCCUUUCUGGGGACGAAUCACCUGGAACUUGUCGGGCAUUCUCUGUGUGACGUAUCGUGCCGGCUCAUAGCAAUAAGACAAUGAGCCUUGUCCUGCCGCCAGCUGCAUUACCGCCCCCUAGUGUUGGAGAUUCACUGUUACACACAUAUCCGUUUGACUGCCCUGUCCUGGUUCAUUUACCUUCCCCAGUUUUUUUUUUUUUUUUUUUUUACAUGUCAAGUGCCAAGUACACAUUCAACUUCCUGCUUGUAGACCUGAAUACCUCUUUGCUUACUUUGCUCCAGCUGUCCCAGGUCUUUUUUUUAACCUAUGAAUGCAGUCACAUGGUGUGCCUGUGGCUGUCAGCAGUGUGGAUCUAUCCCUCCAAUCCUGGUAGACGUCAGUCUUGCUUUCAAGCUUGGACUUACUCUACUAUAAGUGGUAUUGGUGGUGAAAUUUAACCCUCUGCCGUGUAAGAAAGUGCUUUCACACCCAAGGGCUGGGUCAGCGGCUAUACUCCGGCCCCGGGAACUGAUGCCUGUCAGUCCCCUGACCCUGGGCUCCUUUCGAGAGUUCAGAAAGAACGAUGACAUGCAAGGACAAACUCAGAGUCACCUGUUGCCAAAUAUGUACCGGGAGCAAAAGCAUCUGAAUCGAACUCCAAGGCGAUAUGAUUUUUUUUUCAGAUUGUCUGGAUUUAUGUUUUAUUUAUUAUAAUUUUUAUUACUAUUUCAGCCAGGCAGUAUAGGAAAGCAUUCACGUUUUCAUAUAUUUAGAGAAAUUAACACUAGUGUAUUAUUGUUAUUUUUAAUGAUGAAAUCCUGUUGUCCACUGAAAUAUCUGCACUGUUUCCGUCUGCCAAGCUAUCAUAAGCAUGUUCAACAAUUCACUUUAAAUUCAGCAAACAAAAACAAACGAAAGGAACUGUGACUGAUACGGAUACUCCGUGGUACAAUCAAGCCUGUAGCCGAAGGGGAGUUUGGUUGGGGUAGGACGUUCUUAAAGGGCAGUUGCUUGUGUUUAACUGUGAACGAUUUAAAAAAACAAAAAAUUAAAAACACUGUGUGCUCUCAG